UCUUCUGCAAACGAAAUGACUUGUUUAAAAAGUCUCAAUAUUUUUGGAAGAACUUCUCGUUACAGCAAGGAUUAUGAUCGUAACAUGUCUUUUAAUCAAGAUUUUGUUAAAGAAUUAAAUACCGUCAUGCGACAGGGCCAGCGUAGAACAAGUCCCAUACGCUAUGAAGAAGAUCCCGAAAAUGCCUGGCAUUGUGGUUCCUGGUUUGAAUAUCUCUUAAUUGUCAUCUUAUCCACCAUACUGUUGGUGGGUGUAUUGGUGUUGACUUUAUUUUGGGUUAUAUUCUAUAGGGGUGGCUUUGCUUGGUCGGAAAAUCCUGAAUUGCAAUUUAAUUUACAUCCUGUUUUAAUGGUUGCUGGUUUCAUAACAUUCUCUGGAUUUUCCAUUCUUUUGUACCGUCUGUGCCGUUGUUUGAAACACAUUUAUGUUAAACUGGUUCACAUGCUAUUCCAUGCCUGUGCCAUACCAUGUAUUGCUUUGGGAUUUUUGUCUGUGUUCGAUUCGCACAAUCUAUCAGAGCCUCCCAAGCCAAACUUCUAUAGUUUGCACACAUGGUUGGGUUUCGUGACAAUGGGCAUGUUUGUAAUGCAAUUUGUCAUCGGUUUCUUCAGCUUUUUGAUUUUAUUAUGUUGUGAGAAUCGCACUUACAACUGUCGUGCGACCAUGGUACCAAUACAUGCCAGUUUUGGUUUGGCCAAUUUUAUGAUGGCUAUUGCCACCUGUGUUACUGGUCUGGUGGAAAAGGAACGUCAACUGGUGAGCGGUGAAAAUGGUGAAAAUGCACUAAGUACUCGAAAUUCCGAAAUCGAACAUUAUAUUAUGAACUCUCUGGGCAUUGUUUUGGUGGCCUUAGGAAUUAUAGUUUCCGUAGCUGUUAGACGAUCAAAUGCUCCAGCCACUGCCAAAGUCUAUGUAACUGAACGAAUUUAAGUUCAUCGACCGCAACAAGAAAAAAGACAUGAUUAUCUACAAUUUCAAGGACUUAGUCCUAUGAACCAACAACCAAUUAUACUUCUAAUACCACCAUCACCACCCCAUUCUUUGAUUUGAAUCGGAAUCAAAGAAAUGUCUUUUGUUGAUUAAAAAUUUAAAAAAAAUAUUUUGUUAUUGUAUGAUUUUAUUUAAAUGUUUAUUUUACAUAGUAAAUAUAAAAUAUAAUAUAAUCUUGUUUUUCAUUAUUUCCAAAUUAAAUAAAAAUAAAUAUUACAAGAAAUAAGCUAAAACGCAUAUCUAAACAAUUAAAAAAAAUAAUCAAAAAAUUAUGCCAAAAAUUAAAAAAAAAAGAAAAUUGGAAAAAUUUUUACAUAAAUUAUAAUCAAAAUAUUAUAUAACUAGUAAAUAAUAAAUAUACAUGAAUACAUAAUAAAAAUAUAUAUAUAGAAAAUUAUGUUGUCUUUUAUCUAUUUGGUUUUAAAAUGUUAUUUUUCAAAUUUCUAAAUUAAAGAUUUGUCUUAAGUAGUUUGUAUCUAGAUGUGUUAUUUUACUAGAAUCUCUUUAAUCUCUCAUAUAUAUCCUUUUGUAAACAUAGCAAAUAAAAGAACCACAAUUUUUCCAAAAAUUUAAAU